AGAGAGAAAAAAAAAAAAAAAAAAAAAAGUGAUUGUUAUGUCAGUGAUGGUACUAGUAGGGUGGGUCGAAAGUUGUUUAUUCAACAAAACUUAAUUGGUUACAAGCCCUAAUUUAGACUACACAAUUGUAUUGAUUGAUCUAGUCCCAGAACUACGGGAAUUAACAUUUAUUUCGUAUUUCUUCCAAUAAAAAUUAUAUUAACUGCAGUAAGGAUAACCUAAAACAAAAGUUAGGGUGGAAUAGGCCCCAAUGGGAGAUUCUACUCAGAUGAAUCUUGAAACAGCAAAAUCUGCACUUCAAGACAUAUUGGAGGCUUUGGACGAACCAGAAAAUGCUCAAAAGUUGACAGAGGCAAAGACCAACGCAGGCAAUGAUAUGCUUAAGAUGAUGCAGUAUGUGUUUCCCAUGGUUGUACAAAUUGAAAUGGAGGUGAUAAAAAAAUAUGGCUUCUCCGACAAUAGAGAUGGUAUAAUCCAGUUCACCCAACAUGUAGUGACCAUGGAUGAGAGAAGAAGCAGUGCAAUAGCUGAAACUUCACAAACGAAUCAGAGCCCACUUUUUGCCGCCAGUGACGUUAGCAUCUGAUGCGUACUCUCUUGAAGUAUUCCAUUGCUUUUAAUGUUACAUUUUCAAUUAGCUUUAUAUCUAUUUUAUGUAUAUUUUACACUAAACAGUAUAAAAUAAAAGAUUAUAC